CCUCCCUCACAUCUCCUCUCUAUUGACUGGCUCUCCUGCAUCAUACUGGAGACCCCGUUGAGAGGAUCUUUUCUCUCUAUAAAGAGAAGAUGCAGCUCAGGCGCCUUUGAGAUCGCAAGGAUUUACUGUGCGCCUCUCUGCAUCUAACUUCAGACGGGCAUCCUCGGCUGCUUCAACACCAAAUCAUCUGGACUGCAAGCGUACAAAAAAUAUUUACCUAGUGGACUGAGGGACAUUUGAAUGACGCGGGAUUUCCCAGUCUAGUCUGCCAGAGUGUCUGAGUCAUCCCAGACCCGAAUGUGAGCAUCUUUUUUCUUUUGCGCUCCGAGCUGUAGUUUAGACUUCGUGCGUCGUCGCCUCUCGGCGCAGUUUGUGUUGCAGGUGCGUGGAGAAGGAGCGAGGACAGAUGGCUGCGCUGGCGAUACAAAGGACUGACAACUUUUUGCACACCUUUUUACAGGACCGGACGCCUAGCUCCUCUCCAGAGGGAGCCCCUAACGCCCUCUCCUUCCUGGCCACCACCUGUAGCCAAGCCUGGCAGGUGGGAGGCACUAUGGGCUCAGAAGGAUCCCAGUUCCCCUACGAGGGCACCGUCAGCUCCACGUCAGGAAUGUUUCAGCUCUGGAGCAACGACAUAGCGCCCAGCACAGCUCUCAGCACACACCAGAUGACCUUCACGGUGCCCAAGGUGCAGUUCCCAGGACACAUGCAGUCUAGCCUGGGUCACCAUCACCAUCACCCCCAUCAUCACCACCACCAUGAGCUGCCUCUCACCCCACCGGCUGAACCUCCCUCUUCGUACUCAUUCGAACUCUCCCCUGUUAAAGUGCUGUCCUCGCAGCCACAGGCCAACGGCCCCUAUUAUCCUCAGCACAACAGUGUGGGACAAAACUUCCCCAGCUUCCUCCAGAACUCCUCAGCCAGGCAUCACCUGCCUGGAGGCCAUGUAGAGGAUGGGCAGCAAUGGUGGAGCCUACCCCAAACCAACGCCACCCCUUCCAACCAUCCCUUCUCCCUCGGCAGACAGCUGGUUUUGGGCCACCAGCCCCAAAUAGCUGCUCUUCUCCAGGGUACCUCCAAGGGCCUGCUGAGUUCUACACGCCGUUGCCGUCGCUGCAAAUGCCCCAACUGCCAGGCGAAUGGUGGGGGGUUAGAGUUCGGAAAGAAGAGACUACACAUCUGCCACAUCCCGGAGUGUGGCAAAGUGUACAAGAAGACCUCUCACCUGAAGGCACAUCUGCGCUGGCAUGCCGGGGAGAGGCCGUUCAUCUGUAACUGGCUCUUCUGUGGUAAAAGCUUCACCCGUUCAGAUGAGUUACAGCGGCACCUCCGCACGCACACUGGAGAGAAGCGCUUUGGGUGCCAGCAGUGCGGCAAGAGGUUCAUGAGGAGUGACCACCUCUCCAAACACGUCAAGACCCACCAGACCAGGAAGAGCCGGUCUGGGCAGCCUUCACAGAGCACGGACCCUCUGCUCACCAAUAUCAAGAGAGAGUAAUCUCUGUGGUCCAUCAUUCAAAAGAAAUAAUCAAUCAAUGAACAGACUGUGUGACUUACACUUACUGCCAUAGGUUUGCACUAGAGGGUAAGCAUCAAGCUCCCCGAACAUCUUCUGUUGUCAAAGCCCUACUUUUGACUUCAAGUAGUACCAUAAGAAUAUAUUUAGAGACCAUUUUUAAUUGGAGUAAUUGUGUGCGAUUUGAGACAAGGCACCUUUAAAGAAUACUUGAAGCCUUUUGCAGUGAUAUUGUGAGAGUUUUGCUGAAUUCAGUGUACUUUUCAAGUUGCCACACAAACAGAUUUCAACUGAUUUCUUUAACAAUUUAAGAUUUCUUUAAAUUUCAACUGAUGUGAAAAUCUUUUCAGAAAUAAUUCUGUAAAUAUUUUAUCCAUGUGAAGAAUGUUGCAGACAUGAGCAAAAUUACACAAGGUUUACCUUAAUACGUUGUCCAUAUUAUCAUGUUCAAGAUAAACGUAUGCCUUAGUGCAGCGAAAAUUAUCAUUUCUGCUCUCGAAAACCAGUUCAGAAUGGGAAAAUGUUUCUGUUGUCGCUGAUAAUUAGAUUUUUAUUCCAAAACUUAUCCUAAUUUCUCUUCUUCAAGGUAGGGAUCUUUUUUUAAAUGUGAGUCUUUGAUCUACAAUUUUAUCUCGUCUGCUCUUAAGUAGCAGCGUGAAGCACCAUUGCUCCAGAUUAGCAAGCAUUUUAAAGUUCUUUGUAAAUUAUGUAUAAAUAUCAUGUACAAUUUUAUCGGGGGUUAUGGCCGCAUGUACAUUUUAAUAAACAUUGUCCUUGCUGAAACAA